AAUAAUGGUCACAAAGCAGGCAUGUGUCAAGAUCUGAUGAGUCAGAAGACCAGAGAUUAAAAGGCAAGUCCUGAUGUGAGGGCUGCGGAGGCCAGCAUCCAGACCCUCUCAUCUGAUUUUUAACAGCCCUGCUCAGGGUCACUCUACAUCAUACCUGCUUCCACUGUGAUCUGUUUGCUGUGUUGACCAUGCCUGGAUGGAACUGCCUGGUGACAGGAGCAGGAGGGUUUGUGGGUCAGAGGAUCAUCAAGAUGUUGGUGCAAGAGAAAGAACUGCAGGAGGUCAGGGCUCUGGACAAAGUCUUCAGGAGGAAAGCUUCCAAGGACCUGUUUUUUGUGUUCACAGAGCUACAGACAAAGGCCAAGGUGACACUGUUGGAAGGAGACAUCCUUGAUGCCCAGUACCUGAGGAGAGCCUGCCAGGGCAUCUCUGUUGUCAUCCACACUGCUGCUGUCAUUGAUGUCUUAGGUGUUGUGCCCAAGCAGACCAUUCUAGAUGUCAAUCUGAAAGGUACCCAGAACUUAUUGGAGGCCUGUGUCCAAGCCAGUGUAACAGCCUUCAUCUUCUGCAGCUCAGUUGAUGUUGCAGGGCCCAACUCCUACAAAACGAUUGUCCUGAAUGGCCAUGAGGAAGAGCGUCAUGAAAACACAUGGCCUGAUCCAUACCCAUACAGCAAAAAGAUGGCUGAGAAGGCAGUUCUGGCAGCCAAUGGGAGCAUCCUGAAAAAUGGUGGCACUUUGCAUACUUGUGCCUUAAGGCCCAUGUACAUUUAUGGGGAGAGAAGUCCAUUCAUUUCUAACAUAAUAAUUAUGGCUCUCAAAAAUAAGGGUAUUCUGAGUGCUACAAGCAAAUUCUCCAUAGCCAACCCAGUAUAUGUAGACAAUGUGGCUUGGGCACACAUUCUGGCUGCCAGGGGCCUUCAAGACCCCAAGAAGUCACCAAAUAUCCAAGGACAGUUCUACUAUGUCUCAGAUGACACCCCUCACCAAAGCUAUGAUGAUUUUUAUUAUACCCUGAGCAAGGAGUGGGGCUUCCACCUUGAUUCCAGCUGGAGCCUUCCACUGCCCAUGCUCUACUGGCUUGCCUUCUUGCUGGAAACUGUGAGCUUCCUGCUGAGUCCAGUCUACAGGUAUCGACCUCUCUUUAACCGCCACUUGGUCACACUAGCAAAUAGCACGUUCACUUUCACCUACAAGAAAGCCCAGCGAGAUCUGGGCUAUGAGCCACUUAUCAGCUGGGAGGAAGCCAAGCAGAAAACCUCAGAGUGGAUCGGAACACUAGUGUGGCAGCACAGGGAGACACUGGACACAAAGUCUCAGUGA